AUGCUUUCUGCACGAUCAUUCUUGUCUACCGCUCGCACUAUUGCUCGAUCGAGCUUGAUGAACGCCAGAAGCUUGUCCGACAAGCCGAAAGGACAUGUUAUUGGAAUUGAUCUUGGAACCACAAACUCUUGCGUCAGUAUUAUGGAAGGAAAAACUCCAAAAGUUAUUGAGAAUGCUGAAGGAGUCAGAACUACCCCAUCAACUGUAGCAUUCACCGCUGACGGUGAGCGUCUUGUCGGAGCUCCAGCCAAGAGACAAGCAGUCACAAACUCUGCAAAUACACUUUUUGCCACAAAAAGAUUGAUCGGAAGACGGUUUGAAGAUCCAGAGGUUCAAAAAGAUCUUAAGGUCGUUCCAUACAAAAUCGUAAAAGCCAGCAAUGGAGAUGCCUGGGUUGAGGCUCAAGGAAAAGUAUAUUCCCCAUCUCAAGUAGGAGCAUUCGUACUCAUGAAGAUGAAGGAAACCGCCGAGAGCUAUUUGGGUACCACCGUCAACAACGCUGUUGUCACUGUUCCAGCUUAUUUCAAUGAUUCUCAGCGACAAGCCACUAAGGAUGCUGGACAAAUUUCCGGUCUCAACGUCCUUCGUGUCAUUAAUGAGCCAACUGCUGCUGCACUUGCCUAUGGAUUGGAUAAAGAUGCUGGAGACAAGAUUAUCGCUGUCUACGAUCUUGGAGGUGGAACCUUCGAUGUUUCCAUUCUUGAGAUCCAGAAGGGAGUUUUCGAAGUAAAAUCCACCAACGGAGACACCUUCCUCGGAGGAGAAGACUUUGACCACGCCCUUGUGCAUCACCUUGUUGGAGAGUUCAAGAAGGAGCAAGGUGUUGAUCUUACCAAGGACCCACAAGCUAUGCAGAGACUCCGUGAAGCUGCCGAAAAGGCUAAGUGCGAGCUCUCCUCCACCACUCAAACGGACAUCAACCUUCCAUACAUCACCAUGGAUCAAUCUGGCCCAAAACAUCUCAACUUGAAGCUCACCAGAUCUAAGUUUGAACAAAUUGUUGGAGAUCUCAUCAAGAGAACCAUCGAGCCGUGCCGCAAGGCUCUUCAUGAUGCCGAGGUCAAGUCAAAUCAAAUUGCUGACGUGAUUCUCGUCGGAGGAAUGAGCAGAAUGCCAAAGGUUCAAGCUACAGUCCAAGAGAUUUUCGGAAAAGUUCCAUCGAAGGCUGUUAAUCCAGAUGAGGCUGUCGCUAUGGGAGCUGCUAUUCAAGGAGCUGUUUUGGCUGGAGAUGUCACUGACGUUCUUCUCCUUGACGUCACUCCACUUUCUCUUGGUAUUGAGACUCUUGGAGGAAUCAUGACCAAGCUUAUCACCAGAAACACAACUAUCCCAACCAAGAAAUCCCAAGUCUUCUCCACCGCUGCUGAUGGACAAACUCAAGUGCAGAUCAAAGUUUUCCAAGGAGAACGCGAGAUGGCCACCAGCAACAAGCUUCUCGGUCAAUUUUCUCUUGUCGGAAUUCCACCAGCACCACGCGGAGUUCCACAAGUCGAAGUUACUUUCGAUAUUGACGCCAACGGAAUCGUUAAUGUCUCUGCUAGAGACCGUGGAACCGGAAAGGAACAACAAAUUGUUAUCCAAUCUUCUGGAGGACUUUCAAAGGACCAAAUUGAGAACAUGAUCAAGGAGGCUGAGAAGAACGCUGCUGAAGAUGCCAAGAGAAAGGAACUUGUUGAAGUUAUCAACCAAGCCGAAGGAAUCAUUCAUGACACAGAAGCCAAGAUGACUGAAUUCGCCGACCAACUUCCAAAGGACGAGUGCGAGGCCCUUAGAACCAAGAUUGCUGAUACCAAGAAGGUUCUUGACAACAAGGAUAACGAGACACCAGAAGCUAUCAAGGAAGCCUGCAACACCCUCCAACAACAAUCCCUCAAGCUUUUCGAGGCUGCUUACAAGAACAUGGCUGCUAAGAACUCUGGAGGUGAUGCUCAAGAGGCCAAGACUGCCGAGGAGCCAAAGAAGGAGCAGAACUAA